CUCAUCGCAGCUGCCCAAUACGCCAACGCUCAUUCGUGGGUUGAGGCUUUGUACCGUAUCUCCAACACGGGCAUGUUUGUUGGAGACAUGGGAUACCCCAUGGGUUGGGUCAAUCGCACUGCCCUCGGUCAGGCUUUCAGUGACGACAUGGUCCUCAACAAGAUUCUGGAUUUGAAGUCGGACCCGGUCGUUUGUAGACAGUUCGCUCAGGGUGACUAUUCUGGCCAGGCCCAACCUCUGAAGGCAGCCCCAGGAGAUAGUAUCGCAAUGCUCUACGCCGAAAACGGGCAUGUGACUGAUCCGGAGCUCGUCCCUGGCCGACCGUACAGAGGCGGAAACGUGUACGUCUACGGCACACUGAAGCAAAAGCCUGACAACAAACUGAACGACAUCCUCAAUGUCUGGAACGCCGCAGGUACGGGCGGCAAUAAGAAGGGGAAGCUUCUGGCAACCCACUUCUAUGACGACGGCCAGUGCUACCAAGACCGGGGCGCGGAGGGACCCAAGUACCCCAUCUUCGUGGAGCGCAAGAACAAGUACGGGCUGCCAGAGCUUCUUUGCCAAUCUGAUGUCCGAUUGCCUGAGGAUCUGCCCACCACGGGAAAGUACCACUUGUUUUGGAUAUGGAACUGGCCUCUGAAUAAUGGUCUGGCUGGCAACACGACUGAGAUCUACACCAGUUGCGCGGAGAUCCAGCUU